AUGCACUCGAGCCGGCAGCAGCAGCUGCAGGGGCAGCAGCAACAACUGGCGUUGCAACCGCAGCAGGCGCCGCAGCUGCAACAGGCACAGGAGGGGCAGCUGGCGCCAGCACAACAAGUGCAGGAGCAGCAGCAGCGGCAGCUCGAGACGCUGCAGAGCCGGCAGCAGCAGCAACAGCAGGAGAUGCGGCAGCGCCGUCAAGAGCAGCAGCAGAUGCAGCAACAACAGGUGCAGCAGUUGCCAUCACAACCGUCGAGCCGGCAUACAGCUGAGCGGCAGCUGCAGCUGACUGAGGCCCAGCAGCGGGGUGAGCAGCCACCACCGCCGUCACUGCCGCUGGCGGAGCGCCAGCGCCAGCAGGUGCAGCAGAUGGAUGCCCUCCUCGCGCGUUGCGUGGCUGGCGGCCUGCUGGCUGCAACUGAGAGGGACGAAUUCGCGUUUGUCUUCUGCCGCCUCAUGGGCGCGGCCGACAGGCAGCGGGAGCUGAGGGCCUUUCGGGCCUUUGAGGCCAGGGACAGCCUGCUGUAUGUUGCCGUGGGUGUGCGGGCGGUGGUGCAGCAAGAGCUGGAGGCGGCGCACCACCGCCAGGAGCAGGGCCAGCCGUAG